AUGAAGUUUAAUGUCACUGCUAAGUUUUGAUUACUUUUCUAAAUGUUGGGCCUGCUCUUGGCAUUACUACACCAACAGGUAAUUAAGACUUGAAAAAGAAAAUCUUACUGCGUUGAGCUGCUGCACCAAGAUGACCAAGAUGAGAACUAGGAUCCACCUGUGAAAAUAACAGUGUGGGACUCACCUGAGGGGAUACAGAAUUGCAGCAGUAACUGUGGAUCCCAUCAUUCAUUACAUCAGUCUGCUUAAAGAACUGGAGAAAGAAAGCCAUGGGGAGGCCAAUGUCUGUAGUUCCUCUGAUCCUGUUUGCUGUUAUGCUGAUCGGCACUGGGGCCCAAGAUUGUGUGUGCAAUAGAAGAUCGAGGUGCUACUGUGAGGGAAUGAAAGGCAGCAGGGGAGACAGAGGUUUUGCAGGAAAUCAAGGUCCUCCAGGUACAACUGGGCGUCCAGGAUCAAAUGGUCAUGCUGGACCUAUGGGACCAAAGGGCAACACUGGGCCUGAUGGACCUGUCGGGCCAAAAGGCGAUCCGGGACCUGAAGGCAAAGAAGGAUUUGCUGGGUCUCAUGGUUUGCCGGGUAUCCCAGGUUUACAAGGACCUUUGGGGCCCUCAGGGGAACCAGGCUGCAAUGGGACAGAUGGUGACGAUGGAUAUCCUGGUGUUCCCGGGAACCAUGGCAUUGAUGGAUAUCCAGGUCAACCUGGUCUGCCUGGACCUAAGGGUGAAUCUCAGCACUUCAUUGACGUAAUGCAAGGAGUACAAGGGCCACCUGGGAGGGAAGGAAAGCUGGGAUAUUCAGGUGUCCCUGGAAACACAGGGCCACCAGGGGACCCUGGAGCACGGGGCUCUGACGGAUUUCCUGGUCGUUCAGGGGCCCCAGGAGCUAAGGGUCAAGAAGGCAUAGGUAGAGUUCCAGGACCUCGUGGGCCAAAGGGGACACAAGGACUACAAGGAGCGCCAGGGCCACCAGGUCGGAUUAAAGAGUUUUUGAUGGGGAGUCUUGAGUCAAAGGGCGCAAAAGGAGACACAGGAGAUGUAGGGGUAAAAGGCUGCAAGGGUGCACUCGGAGACCCUGGUAAUAGCUACUACAGAGGAGCAAAAGGAGACAAAGGACAGGAAGGUCCAGAAGGAGAGCCAGGAAAAGAUGGUGUGCCUGGACUACCUGGAUUUGUGGGAAAACCUGGCCGCAGAGGUGAUCCAGGAUAUCCAGGGACACCAGGAGGGACGGGUGAAAAGGGAAAUAGGGGUCCCACUGGUCCACCUGGACAAAUAGUAAACAAAGGAUACCAUGGAGAUCUUGGUCCCCCAGGCCAACCUGGGCUUCCUGGGCGUCAGGGUAUUGUGGGGUUUCCUGGACCUCGUGGACCUCCAGGCCAUGCAUCUGGGAUUUAUCAACCAGGCCCACAUGGUCCCACUGGCUUUCCAGGCCCCAAAGGGGACCCUGGAGAGCCAGGCAAUAUAUAUACAGGACUUAGUGGUCCAGAUGGAGAUGAUGGUGAUCCAGGGCCUGCUGGGGAUCCGGGCCUACCUGGUCCUCCUGAAGAUAGAACUAACAGGACUCUCAAGGGUCAUCCAGGAAUGAAGGGAGUGAGUGGUUUACUUGGACCUAUCGGAUAUGAUGGGCUGUUUGGAAUGAAAGGACAGAAGGGUGAGCCCUGUUAUGUGUGCACUGGGUCAGGACUCCCAGGACCACCUGGUCCCCGUGGUCUACCUGGCAUCCCUGGCUAUAAUCAAGGACCAGGUGCUAAAGGUGAUCCAGGCUUCCCAGGACCUAGAGGCUUACCUGGUGGACAAGGUCUGAUUGGGGAAAGGGGAAAUCCAGGCCCUCCUGGGCAAAGGGGAGACUCAUCUUCCUACAACCUCCCUGGGAUUAAGGGAGAAAGGGGAGAACCAGGGCAGCAUGGUAGGCCUGGUGCAGGUGGCCUUACUGGAACUCCUGGAUUACCAGGUCGCAAAGGUCAUCAGGGGUCUAAGGGGGAUUCGUAUCCCGGCCGUGGUGCAGAGGGAGAUCAUGGUUUGCAAGGUCCACCAGGGCUUUUAGGCAGACCAGGACCAGAUGGCUACCCUGGACCAGUGGGAUAUGGACCAGCUGGAUUUCCAGGAAGUAAGGGAGAAGUUGGUGUUCCUGGACUGCCAGGACAACCCGGAGUUCCAGGCCAGAAAGGGGAGCCUGGUCACAUCCACAUCAAAGGACCUCCAGGUCUACCUGGAUUUAAAGGUCUGCCUGGAGCUCCUGGAAGACCAGGAAAUCAUGGAGUAUCAGGUGCUCCAGGAAUACCAGGUUUUCAAGGACAGAAGGGAGAGAAGGGUGGCACAGUAUAUCCUGGAAGUCCUGGGAUCCCAGGAGAGAGAGGUGACAAGGGGCAGUCAGGACUACCAGGCUACCCAGGAAGGGGCUUGCCUGGUCGCCCAGGUCCUCAGGGCCCUCCUGGUCCUCCAGGAUUGAAGGGUGAUGGUGGCCCUGGGUACCCUGGUCCCCAAGGACCCCCAGGGCUUCCAGGAGAUGAUGGAGCUCAGGGACCUGUAGGAGAUCCAGGGAUACCCGGCCUACCUGGGAACCCAGGAUCUUUUGGCAAACCUGGUUUUCCAGGAGAAAAAGGAAGCAAAGGUUCUGUAGGCCCCCCCGGAGUACCUGGUACUAAAGAUUCAUGCAAAGGUUUACCUGGACCAGCAGGGCCACCAGGACCAGAUGGUUCUCCAGGACAUCCAGGACUUAAUGGGUCACCCGGUGAGAAGGGGAAUACAGGUUUGACAGGGUAUGGUCGUCCUGGCUUCCCUGGUGAGCCUGGCCUCAUUGGGCUAUCAGUGCCGGGUUCACGUGGGCUCCCUGGACUAAAAGGGAUCAAGGGACAAAAUGGCCUCCCCGGUCAACCAGGACUGAGAGGAGAUCCUGGACCAGAUGGGGAACCAGGAUACGGACCAGAAGGAUUGCCUGGAAUUCCAGGACCGCCAGGCCAAAUAGGUGACCAGGGACCAGAUGGAGCCAUAGGUCCGCGGGGUCCCCCAGGCAUGGAUGGGGAACAAGGUCCCAGUGGUCCUCGCGGCCCUCAACCACCACAUGCAUUAGACGUUACUGGGCCCUCAGGGGACCCUGGUGAACUCGGUUACCCUGGUCCAUCAGGUUGUCGUGGAGCUAAUGGAACUACUGGACCAAAAGGGCAGAGAGGGAUAGAAGGAGCACCAGCAGGCCCUGGACCAAAAGGAACACCAGGUGAGCCAGGUUUUGAUGCACCAGAGUUCGCGCAAGGAAAUCGAGGACCUGCUGGAGCUCCAGGAGACCCGGGUAUCAGAGGGUUUCCAGGCCUAAAGGGGAUAAAAGGAGAUCAAGGAAUUCCUGGAGAGCCAGGUCCACAUGGUGCACCAGGUACAACUGGUGGCAAAGGAGCUAAAGGAGAGCCAAACUACUAUGGAUAUGGACCUCCUGGACCAGUAGGACAAAAGGGUGAACCAGGAGUGACCAAUAAUGUGAAGGGUCAGAAAGGUGAACCUGGUGUUUCAGGACCUGCAGGCCUACCAGGAUUCAGUGGAGCCAAAGGAAACCCAGGACCAGUUGGACAAAAUGGUCCACCAGGCAAUCAAGGGCCUGGAGGUUUAGAUGGGCUUCCAGGAAGCAAGGGACUGCCGGGACCUAAAGGACUGGCAGGUAACUCAGGUCCACCUGGAGUCAGUGGUAUUCCAGGUCCUAAAGGCAACCAGGGCCGGGAUGGGAUCCCUGGACCACCAGGGCAAAAAGGAGAGACUAGCAUACUAGGAGGGCCUCCUGGCGCACGUGGAAACACAGGUCAGCCAGGUCCUCCUGGGAACCAUGGCCCCCCUGGCCUAUCUGUUCCAGGGAGUCCUGGAUCAAUAGGAGACAGAGGACUUAUAGGUCUACCUGGGAUCUCUGGUCCAAGAGGACUGCCAGGAAGAGAAGGGGCUUGUAUUCCUGGGUUAAAAGGAUACCGUGGUCGUCCUGGUGAUCCUGGUUACCAUGGUCGUCCUGGCUUACCUGGCCCCCGAGGUCCUACAUUACUGUUACCUGAGUUAAAAGGAGACACAGGGGACCAAGGUCUUCCAGGAGACAAUGGCCAUAAAGGACCUCCAGGAGAUCCAGGCCCUCGAGGACCACCUGGUGACAAUGGCAGACCUGGAGAAAAGGGACCAAGAGGUGAUUCUGGUCCUCUUGGAAUCCAAGGGCCCCUUGGUUACCCAGGAGACCCUGGAUACAUCUCAGGCCCGCCUGGUCCGCCUGGACCAAAAGGUUUUCCUGGACGACCUGGCCUCAAAGGUGAAACAGGAUUUGGCAAGGUAAUAUAUGAACCAGGACCUCCUGGUUUACCUGGUUCCAUUGGCAAUCGAGGACCCCCAGGAAUUACUGGACCAUCAGGACGCACGGGACUUCCAGGCCAGCAAGGCGUCAAAGGACAGCGUCGAUCGGGCCCAGUUGGCCAGCCAGGUUUUACUGGCCACAAAGGAGACAAAGGAAGAGCAGGAUUGCCAGGUCCAGAUGGCAGAAUUGGAGACCCAGGCCACAAGGGUUCUCCAGGGUUACCAGGCAGGGGUGCUCCAGGUUUUGUUGACAGUUUCCUGAUAGCUAGACAUAGUCAAAGCAUCCAUAUCCCUGACUGUCCUCAAGGAACUAGCCUCAUGUACUCUGGUUACUCCUUCCUCUUCAUCAACGGAAAUGAGAGAGCUCAUGGUCAGGACCUUGGCACCAUGGGAAGCUGUCUCCCUCGGUUCUCCACCAUGCCCUUCCUGUUCUGUGACACAGAAAGUAACUGCCGCUAUGCUUCUCGUAACGACUACUCAUACUGGUUGUCCACUGACACACCUAUGCCUGCCAACAUGGUUUCCAUAACAGGAGAAAAGCUGGCCUCAUACAUCAGCAGGUGCUCAGUGUGUGAAUCCACCUCCAACGUUAUAGCAGUCCACAGCCAGACAACUCUGCUACCUGCCUGUCCCAGAGGUUGGGAGACUCUGUGGAAUGGAUACUCAUUUGUCAUGCAAACCGGUGCUGGUGCAGAGGGCUCCUCCCAGCCCCUGGUUUCGCCUGGCUCAUGUCUGGAAAGCUUCCGCCAAGUGCCCUUCAUCGAGUGUCACGGCAGGGGAACAUGUAACUACUACCCUGAUUCCUAUAGUUACUGGCUGGCCUCUCUAGACCCCAACAGCAUGUUCAGUAAAACCAUUCCUCAGACAGUGAAGGGACCAUCUCUGCAGAGUGUCAUCAGCCGUUGUCGAGUCUGUAGGAAAUUGUAUCCUGGCACAGAUAAUAGGCGUGGGGACAAUUAGGCAUUUCCUUCUCCCGUGUAAUUUAAAGUAUGGAAAUAUGAGAAAUGUGAGCUAUAACAGUGUUGAUAGAGCAUAGUGUGCACAUCUAUUUGUUGAACUGGUGCUUUCAUGUUACAAAUCAGUGUAUGAGUCUUUGAAUAAAACACACAUUUGAAACACAUUUCAACCAAAUUGCCAAUCAUCUUUAAUGGCAGUUGUUAUAUAAGCUCUGAUGAGUAUGUACAUUGAAUUUAAUGAAACAUGUUAGUGAGCCAUUAUAUCUUUUAGAGGCUGUAGUGUGCCACCAGCAUGUUAUUAUUCCAGUGACAGACUUGGGCCUGGGGGAAUGCUGAUGGGAAGUCAGUGUCAUGCCAGAACCAGAGCUGGACAAAAGGGUAGUGUAACCUGCCUCAACAGCCUCUAUGGAUGUAAUAGUGACCAUAUAUACAGUACUUUGAUUGAUAAUAGUACAUCCACAUUGCCUAUAUAGUUAUUUCCAUGUCACUAAAAUGGUCACAAAUGUCCUGACUUGUGCAGAGGACUGCCAGGCUACUGAGAAUUGAGAAUUAUUUAACUUAUUUAGUGCUGAUGUCACUGCUGUUUCGUUCCAAGUGACCUGAGAAAACUGGUGCAGUCCAGUUAGUGGAUGACGUGAGUAGUAAGAGGUCACCACCAAUGACACACAUGUUCCUAUAUUACAUUCAGAGCGAGUUGUAAAUGUGAUGCUCUUGUUGUGGAAUUGUUACGUUGUUGUGUUUUCACACGCAAAUAUCGAGUCAUUUGUUCCCUCGCUCUGAAAGCGUUUCUUUGAAUUUCAGCAUGUUAAAUGGUGCGUGGGAAAGAUUACAUUUUAUGACUCAUACUGCCUCCAAUCCAUUCCUAAAUGAACUUUCUAAAUGAAAACAAUCAAAGUGCUGCUCUCUCUGUGGCUUUGGGACACAAAAAUGCACAAGCUCUUGUGAGCAUAUAUUGUGGAAUGAUUUUUUCUUACAUUACAUCACUCUCUUUUUGCUGUGUCAAGGAUAUUAAAAUAAAAUACAAAUGAAGACAAAUAAUAGUUAUUUUUAUGGUAUGUUAAUCUGCCUAUUGAUUCUACAUGUGAUGUUUAAAAGUCACUAUUACCAAAAGCUGGAUAAAUAUAUAAUUCCCUAUCCAGAAUAGCCUCAUGCCUCAUUUUUUUAUUUAUUUCAACAUCUUUCUUUUCUGCCCUCUUCACUCAGAAAAUCAGUAGAGCAGUAUGCCCCUAAGGAACAGUCAUUUAAACUCAUCCAAAUCUGUCACUGAUCAAUAACUGCAAACUCUCCUUAUAACUGGAUUCACAAAGGAACAAUAAUGUCCUUAAACAGCACUGUGUUCAAAAUGUUGUUGCUUUUUGACACGAACAUAUUGAUUUCUCAGAGUCUAAAAUAACAAACAGCCGCAUAUGCUUAUGUAAGAAAUCUAGCAAGACAAGUAACAGCUGAAGAAGUGCUGAACCCUCUUGUGUGAAUUAAAAACCCGUGAUGAAGUAUCACACUGAUUAUUUCAUUAAUUUUUUGGCAUUUUUGGUAGCAAAAUCUCAACUCAUCAAAACUCUGAAAGGUCUGAUAUAAUAAACAGCUGCUCCUUGAAUGCCACCUUGAAUUAAAUACGUUUUACAUGGCCUGGUGCAGACAGUUGUCAGCAUGGAUAGAAACACUCUUGCUGUAAAGUGCUCUAAGUAGCCUUCUUAACAGGAUUAUUCUGCUCCCGACAGUGCACUUACUAAUUGUUUAGGCAGCUAUAUUAGGCUUCUACACCUCUCUAAUUGGGUUAGAAUGGCGAAUUGUUGAAAGGUUGAAACACUUCAAGGUCUUCCAUUUGAGAAGGACACAUGUCCUUUUAGUUUUCUCCCUACAUAUGCCUUACAUGGCAUAGAAAGACGUGUGUUCAUAUUUGUACAGGUUAGCUUUGCGUGCUGAGGGGGAAACUUAAACUGGUUUAUUUAUUUGUAUACCCGUAUAGUGUAUGUAGGUAAAAUCCUGAGAAAAAGCUGAGCAAGAAAAUUUUCAAAAUCACGCUGUUGUCUUAAAAUGUUAUGGGAUAGGACGCUGUCUGUCCACAUUUAAGCCUAAUUCGAAAGGGAAUUAAGCUGCACCUUUAUCACUGCAGAUCAAUAUGAGGAAUGUCCCAUAUUUGUUUGUAUACUUGCAAAAGAAUAAAGAUAAUACUUUCUGCUGAGUGAUCUCUU